CGCGCGCGCACACGAGAGAGAGAGAGAGAGAGUGGGGAGCGGGCAGGUUUUUACAGUGGCACCGCGCUCACGAGCCAUCCGAACCCAAUUUCCCCGCAAAUGUCUUAUUUUUAAACCGAUCUGUUUUUUGUUUGUUUGUUUGUUUGUUUGUUUUUAUUGGAUGUGCGCGUGAGGGCGGUGCGCGUAAACGAGCGCAGCGGGAAUAACGGAGAUUCGGAGAGCACGAGGGAGGGGUAAAAAAAGUGUGAAGUUGAUGCACACGAAGAGACGGUGGGCGUGGCUGCAUCCUAUAACAUCCUGGGUUGUGUUUAAAGGAAUCGCUCGAGUGACACCGACACGAUGUCAAGAUCUGACGAGGUGAACAAAAUGACCGAAAAUGUCUACAAGAGCAUCCUGGAGCAGUUCAACCCCAGUUUAAAGAACUUUGUCACCAUGGGCAAACACUAUGAGAAAGCACUAACAGGAGUGACUGUCGCAGCUAAAGGCUACUUCGAUGCUCUGGUUAAACUGGGAGAACUGGCCAGUGACAGCCAGAGCUCGAAAGAACUGGGUGACACGCUGUUCCAGAUGGCCGAAGUACACAGACAGAUACAGGUGCAGCUAGAGGACGUGUUGAAGCUGUUUCACUCUGAACUUCUCUCUCAGCUGGAACAGAAGCUUGACCUGGAUAUUAAAUUCCUUACUGCGACGCUGAAGAAAUACCAGAGCGAGCGGAGGUCGAAGGCGGAGUCGAUCGAACGCUGCCAGUCACAGCUGAAGAAACUGCGGCGGAAAAGUCAAGGCAGUCGCCACCCCAAUAAAUACGGAGACCGAGAGAUGCAGUUUGUGGAGCUGAUGAGUCGCAGGCAGACGGAGUUGGACUCUCUGGUUGCUGUGGGCUAUCGGUCAGCUCUUACCGAGGAGAGGAGGAGGUACUGCUUCCUGGUGGACCGCCAGUGCUCUGUCGCCAAGCUGCUAACAAACUACCACAACAAGGUGCGUGAGCUGCUGUCGCAGAAGUUGUCUUCAUGGCAACAGUCCUGUUCCCAGCCAACAAAAUUACCUGAGCGUGCGUUGAACCUGCUGCGUCACACGGCCCCUCAGGGUGCCGGGGCUUCUGGGAUAGCAGACGUCCUCCGACACACUAAACUGGGCUCUGCUCAGUCUGGAGAACAGAGGCUGUCCAUACAGGAAGUCUUGCCCCUUCUGAACGGCGACUCCAGCAAUCGCUCCCAGCAUCAGCGCGGUGGAUCAUCUGUCUCAUCUGAUCCCACCCCUCGCUCCAUCUCCACCCAAAACACCAGCACCUCCUCUAGCCCUGCCCACCCACAGACUACCUCUGUGCAGUCAGGAAGUGGUUCGAGCUUGCUUUCUCCACCUUCUGCUUCUGCAUUCCUCUCUCUUAGCCCUGCCUCUGCUUCGUCCCUUAAUUCUCUGCAGGGCUUGGUUCCACCCCCAAGCGCCCCUCACACUCCUCCAUUGCCCCACAGUGCACCUCUCUCUCGUGCACUCACUCCCGUGCCGCCCUCUGCCUUCUCACCUCCAGCCUUUAACCCUCUGCUGCUCAGGGCAGCCGACAUCUACGCAACCUCCACGCUGCCGUUGCCAAGGAAACAGCCGAAUGAGAUGCAGUUAGGAAUUAUGGGUUCCACCCUACCCCGUGUUCUCCCUCUCUGUCCCCCACUCCGUGUGGAGGCGCUGUUCUCUCACUCACCCAGCUCUAGUGACAGGGCAGAAAAAGGAGAGAGAGGAGGGUCCUGUCUGCUGUCCUUCCUUCCAGGAGACGUCGUCAAUCUUCUGAUCAGCGAACCGAGAGACGGAUGGCACUAUGGACAGAACGAGAGAACUGGCCGGAAAGGCUGGUUUCCCAUUUCCUACACACAGCCGCUUCCAAACACAUCGACGCCAACUCAGCACGACGCCGUCAGUUCUCCGGGUCUGUCCAAGUUGAAUAGUACGAGUAUGGGUCAGUUAGACAGGCUGCCCCUUGCAGGCGAGUUUGUGAAGCUCAGUCCAGACUCGGAGGAGGAGCGAGGGAUCAGUACGUUUCGGCCACGCCCCUACAGCAUGAUGAACCCUGACAUCAGGCGCACAAGUCCAGGACACGCAGAGCAGAAGGGCAAAGAGCAGUUCCCCGGUGAUCACUCCACUCCUCCACCGUCUCCCACCAGGACCAAUCCAUUCGCUCAUAUCCGUCUGAGGAAGACGGUGACCAACGAUCGCUCAGCUCCGCUCAUCGAGUAAUGAGGAUCGUCUCUUUUCUCUUUUAUUUACAUUUCUCUUUGGAUUGGUAGAAAAAAUUAUUUUUAAAAAAUUGUCAUGUAUUGUAAUAAAUGAUUUUUUUUUAGUAAUUUUAGAUUUAUAAAAUUACUUCAAAAAAUCUAAAAAAAAAAAUGAAAUCAGAAAAAAAGACAAAUAUAAAAAUAUAUAUAAAUCCUGUGAAAACUUUUUUUUUUAUUCACAUAGCUACUUUUUCUUUUUUCAUAUGAGCCAGAGAUCGUUUUUUAUUUAUUUUAUUAUUUUUUUUAAAUAAAAUAUUUGUUGGUUUUCCUUCCAUUUUGAUUAACAAAUUAUUUGAAUAAUAGCUCAAUUUAAUUAACUUGUACCGUUUAAAAUAUGUGCCAAAAACUGUUCUCAUGCCUCGGAUCAUGGGCCAUAAAUGUGCCAGAAAUCUGGUCGUAUUAUGUAUUUAAUAUAUUUAAAAUCAUCAUUCGUGAGUGAAAUCUCCAUUUUAGAGCGCUAGAUAGCUGCUGAAGCAAACAUUUCCCGCCAGAACACUAAAAUACAAUUACUGCAGAAAUGUUAAAGAAUUUAGCUAGCAACAUUUCCCUCAAAUCUUAGCUAGAACAUGGGCUAGAAACUCAGUUAGCUAGCUAUAUUCGCUAUAUAUUAACUUUAGCUAGAAAAUCUGUUUUCUCUCAAUUGAUAGCUAGUUCAUGUUACAGUUAGAAUAAAAUUGUCUCUCGCAAACACGCUAGUGAAUUAGAAAUGUCUGUCAAAUUAUAGCUUGAGACUUACUGAGGAUUUUCUCUCAUACGUUAGCUAGUGAAUUACAAAUGGUGCAAAACAUUCUUUGAAAUGAUAAGCUAGCGAAUUACAAAUUGUCUAUCAAAUAUUUUGCACCUAAUUCAAUUUUCUUUCUAACGAAUUACAAAUGUCUAUCAGUCUAGCUUUCAAACUUCUCAGUGAGUGAAUAUCUCACUCAUUAGCUAGCUAUAUUCUUAUUUCCUCUUGGACUUUAACUAAGUACAUCCCAAGCGUCUCGCAAUCAUUAGCUAGCAAAUUGUUUUUUCUCUCAACUGAGUGAAAAAACUAGUUAUGUUACAGUUACAAUAUAAUUUUCUCUCUCACAAAUAUGUUAGAAUUAGAAUUAAAUUAGAAUCAAAUUAGAAUUGUCUCUCAAAUUUUAGCUGGCUAAUUACUACAAAAGUUUCUCUCAUAGAUUAACAAUUAGAAUUACAAGUGUCACAAACUAUCACAAAAUGUAGCUACCUGUCAAUGAUAAUCUAGCAAAUUAGAAUCGUCUUUCAAAUUUUAGCACCUGAUUUAAUUUUUUCCUCAAAUGAUAGCUGAGGACAAAUGUCUUUCAAAUUAGAUGGAUAAUUUCAAUUUUUCUCUCAAACAUUAGCUAGCUGCAUUACAACUUUCUCUACAAUAUCAGCUUAGCAGGCUGAUCUAUUAUGCAAAUAUGUUUUGUCUCAAAUAAUAGCUAGUUAUUUUAAAAGUGUCUAUUAACAUUUAGCUAGCUUAACAAAUGUUUAUCUAAAUGUAAGUGAAUUUUAAACAUCUAUCAAAUGUUAACUAGAGAAAUAAUUUUCUCUCAAAUUCUAUCUAGCUUCUUUAUAAUUUUCUCUCAAAUUCUAGCUAGCUUCAUAAUUUUCUCUCAAAUUAUAGCUAGCUUCUUUAUAAUUUUCUCUCAAAUUAUAUCUAGCUUCAUAACAAUUUUCUCUGGAAUAUUGGCUAGCUCAUGUGCUUCCUAUCUAGCGCUCUAAUGUGGAAAUUUGUGUUUUGUGCCUUGAGCCAUUUUGGAUAUCUUCAUAUCCCCUUAAGUUCUGCUGAUGUAUUUAGUGAAUAUUGACGUAAUUUGAAUUUUUAAAAGUACAGUAUUUCGUUUCCUGAAGGAUCCAGGAAAAAUGCAGAAGGUUGGUACAUUGUCUUGUUGGGGUGUUUUUGGUUGUUGAGAUUUGGAGGGUUAAUGAACGUAGGUUCAUGUUCUGGAUUCUUGAUUCUGAUUGGUCAGAAGGUGUUGAUUCAUUGCUGCAAAUCACGUGUCGUGUAUUGUAUUUGCGCUUCUUCUAACACAUUAUUGUUUCUAUAGUAACUUAAGCAGGGACUAAAACUUCGCCAUGGUAACAGUAUCAACAGUACAGCGAUUGUAGGGGGCCAAGCACCGAGUCAAUCUUGUGAGAAUCCUGCAAUUAAAAGAACGUAAAUGAUGUUUGGUAAAAUCUUAUGAGGUUUAACAUUAGCAACAUCGCAGAUUCUGGCGGUAUAUAUCGUGAUUUCCGCUCAAAUCUGACAAAUUAAAACCAAAAUUAGUCACAUUGUGUGGGUUGAAGAUGUGAGGGUUAAACCGUCAAGCUGUACAGCCUAAUGUUAACGGUGCAGUGUUUACACUACAACAUUCGGGCGAAACGUGUGAAGGUUAAGAACGUCCAGAGAGCGAUGGCGACUUCAGAAAGUGAUGAAGAAAGUUCGGGAAAGUGCAGAUGUGUCGGAGAAGGAGAAAUUUGACCUGAUAUUUUACUUUAGUCGGCUUGCUUUCUCUAUAUUGGAGAGAGUUUGAGGCGAUUAGCAGCUAUUCAGCUUUAGAAGUCAUUAGGUAGCUGUUAGCUAAUAGUCUGCUAGCCGCAGAAUCUGCUGAGGAGCAGUUAGCUGAAGAGAUUUGUUGUUGCGUAUUCACAAUGACGAUGAAAGCAAUUUGAAGCUCUUUAUAUGUAUCAAACUGUCAAAUGUAUUAAACUGUCGUCCCAAAAUGCACUCGAUUAUUUUUUUUAUUCAGAAAUCAUCUGAUUCGUAAGUUCCAGCUUUUACAUCUGAGAGAAAUGAGUGAAAUUUUGCGAUAGCUGAAACAGUUACUGUGAUCAUGUUGGAUUAUUUUGCUCAUUUUUAAAUUCAUUGAAUGGAUGAAAAAAAUUCUUUUGAAUUUGGUUUUAAUUUAUUUUUUUCUGGAGCAAAACCAAAUUUCUUGUGAUGUGAGUUUAUUGUAACAUCUUCAGAUUUUUAUUUCAAUUUUUUUUUUAUUAUUAUUGGGAUUUUAAAGGAAGUGCAAAACAAAAUCAUUGA